UGAGUCCUGGAAGGCGGGCUUGGGAGUAAGCGACGGGGGAGAAGGGAGGAGGGAAGCCUCUGGGACAAGUGUGGGACACACGCCUAACUGUUGAUGGUGCCGUUGAUGGGUCGGAUCCCACCUCCCGAUGUUUGGGGGCCAACUUGGCCCCUUAGGGAGCCCUCUAGGUUCUAGUCGGCAGUCGAUUUCCAGGCUGUCUAAUUGAUCCCAAACACUCGAGUAGGAACUUGUUUCCUGCUCCAGCGACAUGAGGCUUGUUUUGUGGAACUCGAUCCUGGCGCUGUUGGUCACUUCUUCGAGCGGGGCUCUCAUCCCUGAACCAGAAGUGAAAAUCGAAGUGCUCCAGAAGCCAUUCAUCUGCCAUCGCAAGACCAAGGGAGGGGAUUUGAUGUUAGUCCACUAUGAAGGCUACUUAGAAAAGGACGGCUCUUUAUUUCAUUCAACUCACAAACAUAACAAUGGCCAGCCCAUUUGGUUUACCCUGGGCAUCCUGGAAGCUCUCAAAGGUUGGGACCAGGGCUUGAAGGGAAUGUGUGUAGGAGAGAAGAGAAAGCUCAUUAUUCCUCCAGCCCUGGGCUAUGGAAAAGAAGGAAAAGGUAAAAUUCCCCCUGAGAGUACACUGAUAUUCAACAUCGAUCUCUUGGAGAUUCGAAAUGGACCAAGAUCCCAUGAAUCAUUCCAAGAAAUGGAUCUUAAUGAUGACUGGAAACUCUCUAAAGAUGAGGUAAAAGUAUAUUUAAAGAAGGAGUUUGAAAAGCAUGGUGCAGUGGUGAAUGAAAGUCAUCAUGAUGUUUUGGUGGAGGAUAUUUUUGAUAAAGAAGAUGAAGACAAAGAUGGAUUUAUAUCUGCCAGAGAAUUUACAUAUAAACAUGAUGAGUUAUAGAGAUACGUCUGCUCAUUUUAUACAGCAUUUAUCCUUAGAGGACAACCAUCUUUAAAGAAAGUCUUAUUUUUAAACAUUGUUCUGUUCUUGCUUUGUUUUUUUAUUUUUAUAUAUUAUUCUGACUAUUAUUUGAAGAAACCUUAGGGUUUCUAACUAUUGGAUACCCUACUUCUUUCUGGUGAGUUAUUGGGAAGAAAAAAAUUGUCAUUGAAUAGAAGACUUCUAGAUCAUUUUCCAGUUUCACAUAUGAAGUCUUAUGUUUUAGUUGCUUACUUAUAAUUUUAAAAUAUUGUACCUGGGAGUAUGCCCAACAUAAGACUAGAUAUAGCUCAAAUCAGCAACCUUUGUUUCUACUUUCCUCUAUUUUCUCUAACUUAGAUACAGACAUUUGGAAAGGCUAGUGUGUCUGUAACUACCUUUGUGUCUCUGCUUGAGGAAACAGGAAAAUGGUGUUGAACUUUGCUUGUUAACAGUUCCUGCUUUACUUGAGGAGAUGUGAUAUGCUGAAAUGAACAAAGUUAUUAACUUAUAGAUAAGGUAUACAUUGAAACAUUCUGCCUAGGACUUAAGCUAUAUAAGGUUUGGUUCCUGAUGGCUACUGACCUAUCAUGAUAAAUAGGACAAAUUACUUAUGUGUUUGUUUCUUCUUAAUGAAAUGUGUCAAAAUAAUGUAGUCCUGGUAGGGAGUUGUAUGUAGUCAGUGUUUACUUUUUAAUGCUAGCAGAUUACCCUUCCUGGCCCUUUAAUGAAUAAAGUCCAUAACUAGUGGAUUUAUACUAUAAUAACAUUGUGUCAUAAAAGCAAUUAGUAAAAACCAAUCAAAAAUUUCCCGUAUCUGGCUCAUCAGAAAAUGAGGCAGAUCCACAUCAGCUGUUAUUGAAUAAGAUCUAUCCUGGGUCAUAAAAUUGAUGAUUUUGUAACAUUUUUUUGAAUUGGCUUUAUCUUUAAUACUUUCAAAAAGUGUCCAAUUGCCCAUUUGCUCAGAACAGUUCUUUACACAGUGAUCUCAAAUUUAUCACUGACUUCAAUUCUCAUUGGUCUGAAGCCUAUGGAAAAAAAGCUGGUGGAUCUUAAUUAAUGUACCUAUUUUAUAGAUGAGGAAAUUGUCAUUCAAAGAGCUUGAUUGUGUGACCAAGGUCAACAGUUAACUUAUGGAACCAGAUUUCAGUCUCCAAGUUCAGUAUCUUUCUACUGCUCUACUAUUGAAAAGUAAAAUUUUUCUUUGAAUUCAUUGGGUCUAAUCUUCUCUUCGAUUUGCUUUCCUAGCAAUCAGCUCUGUUUUUUGACUUUGGGUCCUUAUCCUUUGAAGAUACUUGACUGGCUCUUCUUGGUACCUUAGAAUUCUCUCCAUGAUCCAGGAAUGACUCUGGUUUCAUUGAAUAAUCUUGGAGUUAACACUGCAUUGCCUCAAAAACCAUGUGUGGUGUGAAGUUUCUGGUAUGUGUCUUAGUCCUUUCAUUCCUGUUUACUUCUAGAUUUUUAAAAAAUAAUUAUGAAAAAUUAUUACAUCAUGUAUAGACUACUUUCACUGAUUAUAUAUUGACAUCUUUCUUACUAAAACAAAGAACAUAUUUAACACCUUUCUCUGACAAAAUCAGCUAUAUCUAGAAAACUCUUAAGUUGUCACCACCGUUUUCUCAAUCUGGAGGAAUGAAGUCACAAUACAGAAAGCCGUAUGCUGUAUGAUGAUGGGAAAGAAAGUAGCUUGAUGCUACUUUGUAUAAACAUUAUUGAUGAUGCUAUCUAUGGUACAGUAAGAAAAGUAAAAAUAAUUUUGAUUAUACAGGGAGCCUAUUUCUUUGUCUUGUAUGAAUUUGUGUCAAUUCCCAUCUAAACAUUUAGACACAGUAUGGAAUGAAAACAUGUAAAUACGUUACGGUUUUUAAGUAAUCUGCUUUUUUUUUUUAGUUGUCCCUUUGCACCUUUCCAUUUGUGGGAAAAAUCAGACACAAAACUGACUUGACUGGUACAUAAUUUGACUCAUUAAUACUGCUAGAUGUGUCAUAUUUAAAUUGAUAAGAUUUUGUUGUGGUAUUUUCAAAAUAAAGUUUAUGUGGGGAAUAACUGGUUUCAUGAAAAAUUUUUCAGCAGCUUUAUUGAUUUUUUUUAAACUGUUAUUCUAGGUUUUAUAUUGAAACUAAAGGAGGAAGAUGGAUAGGUAGAGAGUGACGCUUAAUAUGUCUGAUUAUCUACUCUGUUUAGGUAUAUUUGUAAGGAAAGCUGUGAUUUUGUUUAAAUUGUUUUGAAAUAAGCAUUAAACCUUGAGCAUUGAGGGCAAUAGUUAAUAGUGAAUUUUUGAUAUUGGAAAAAGUAUAUGUGUUUUUUGUUUUUUGUUUGUUUUUUGGUGGUAGUUGUCACUCGUGGUUUGGUUUGUGAUUUUAUUGUGUGUCACAGGUGGACGUGAUGAUUAAUGCCUACUGAGUAAAUUAGUGCUAGAAAAUGUGAUUAAAUGAAAUGCUGGGGUGCCGUAAAAAUAACAAGAAACAAUGAUUUCUGAUUCAAAUGAGUGACUAGCCAUUUGAAUCUUUCCUUGUAGAAAUGAAUUUGUAGUCCUCAUCUUAUUCAUGAUAUCAGAUAUUGCUUACAUCUAUAAUGCUAUUUAGAUAUCAGCAUAUGUGUAUGUAUAUGUAUAUAUGUGUGUGUAUAUAUGACUAUAUUAUACUAUAUACUGUGUAUAAGCUAUAUA